AACGGGAAAUUAGUUGGCUGUGUGUGUAAUAUGUUGUCUCUCCUUUGGCAAGGUUAUGUUGUCUAUUAGAGAGGAGAUACAGCAGGAGACGCGGAUAGAGUGGAGUCCGGUCUGGGCUCUAUUCCUGCCUGCUCACAUUCUGCUGAGUCAGGAGCUUUUGUGGAAGUCAGUAACAGCAACUCAGUGAGGCCACGAGCCAGAGGGGCUGGUGGGAAACUGCUACAGCAGUGGACCCGGCUGAUGAAUCUACUCGUUACUCCAAACAUUUCUCUGUUGAUUAGCAGACCUGCUUAGGGAAGAUCAGGCUGUUGCAGUCAGGCAGCAUCAUGGAGGCUGGAUGCGUGGUUGCCGCGGUGAUUGAGAAUGCUGCCUCAGGACCCCAGGGUGAACCAGGAAGUGGUGACGUCCUUGAGGGAUAUGUCAUCCCAUCUGCUGACCUGGACAAAGAAGAUGCCUUACUUCAAGCCACCAACAAUAAUCCUCCAGAGGAGAAACAGCCACAGGAGACAUCCACUGCCAUGGUGAGGAGCGAUGACAUCACAGAGCACCCAGCUGAGCCCCUCCUGCGCUCCUGCGUCAGCACGGCUAGCAUGAAGGUCAAGAACAUGAAGAAGCUGACGUUUCCCAGAGGUCACUUCCCCAGGUUGGAAGAGUGUGCCCAUUUCCACUAUGAGACGGUGGACUUUGGCAACGUUCAGUUGGAAUUCGCAGAGGGGCAGAGUGAAGGACCGAAAGCUGGUCUGGACUCCAAAGAGCUGGUCUUUCUGAUCCAGAUCACUUGCCAGGCUCGAAACUGGCUUGUAAAGAGAACCUAUGAAGACUUCAGAGUGCUGGACAAACAUCUGCACUUGUGUAUCUAUGACCGCCGUUACUCCCACCUCACCGAGCUGCCCCGAUACGACACAUUAAAGGACACUGUGGAGACAGUAACCAAGAUGCUGGCCACCUACCUGUCCCGCUUCUCAGCCAUUGCUGACAACAAGAUCAACUGUGGUCCGGUGCUCACAUGGAUGGAGAUUGACAACAAGGGGAACCAUAUGCUGGUGUCUGAGGAAGCCUCCAUCAAUGUCCCUGCUAUCGCUGCUGCCCACGUCACCAAACGUUACACAGCCCAGGCCACAGACGAGUUGACUUUUGAGGUGGGGGACAUUGUGUCAGUCAUAGACAUGCCUCCCAAAGAAGACACAGGCUGGUGGAGAGGGAAACAUGGCUUUCAGGUUGGUUUCUUCCCCUGCGACUGUGUUGAGCUGAUAAAUGACAAGAUUCCCCCCAGUGUUCAAAGCUCGGUGCCGAAGCCAGGUACUCUUCAGUGUGUGUCUGUCUUUCUGCUUACGAUUCAUUUUCAGACCUGCUCCCAGGAUGUGAGACUGAUUGAUUUGAAGUGGUUAUGUGUGUGUGCGCGUGUCUGUGUGUCAUGUCAAUCAGUGUGUAAGAAGCACGGGAAGCUGGUAACGUUCCUAAGGACUUUUAUGAAGUCUCGACCGCCGCCUCAGAAGCUGCGGCAGCGCGGCAUCCUCAGAGAGAGAGUGUUUGGCUGUGACCUGGGGGAACAUCUCCACAACUCAGGACAUGAGGUCCCGCAGGUUGUCAAGAGCUGUGCCGACUUCAUAGAGAAAAAUGGAGUUGUGGACGGAAUCUACAGACUGUCUGGGAUCUCCUCUAAUAUCCAGAAACUGAGACACGAGUUUGACUCCGAACAGAUCCCCGACCUGACCAGGGAAGUCUUCAGACAGGAUAUCCACUCAGUGGGCUCACUCUGCAAGCUGUACUUCAGAGAGCUGCCCAACCCUCUGCUCACCUACCAGCUCUACGGCAGAUUCUCAGAGGCCGUGUCUGCAGCCACUGAUGAGGAGAGGCUUGUCAAAAUCCACAACGUCAUCCAGCAGCUGCCUCCUCCACACUACAGGACUCUGGAGUACCUAAUGAGACACCUGUCCCACCUGGCCACCUUCAGCCCCAUCACUAACAUGCACACUAAAAACCUGGCUAUCGUCUGGGCGCCUAACCUCCUCAGGUCCAGACAGAUCGAGUCGGCCUGUUUUAGCGGCACAGCAGCGUUUAUGGAGGUGCGUAUCCAGUCGGUGGUGGUGGAGUUCAUCCUCAACAACACCGAAGCGCUUUUCAGCGCCAAACUCAAUGCCAUCAUACGUGAAAGCACAGGUAACAACACCUUAUCCCGACCCAAAUCCCUGCUGGUCUGCUCCCCAUCCACAAAGUUGCUGUCUCUGGAGGAGGCCCAGGCUCGCACUCAGGCGCAGCUGAGCUCCCCGGCCACCUCCCCCUGCCUCACCCACAGUGACUACAUCGAGGUCGGGGAAGGGCCCGGAGCUCUGCUCGGCAAGUUCCACACAGUCAUCGAGCUCCCGAUGGAGAGCGGAAAGCGGCCUCCUGUUAAGGCUAAGAAGUCUCCUGUGGGGAAUUGGCUCUCCUUUUUCCACCUGGGCAAGUCCCACUCCGUGUCCAAACGUAAACUGAAGCGACACCCCAGCGAGCCUAACGAGAUAAAGAGCAUUGCACUGCCAGGUGGAAGAGGAGAUAGCGGCACAUUGCGCUCCACCAAAAGUGAGGAAUCUCUCACCUCUUUGCACAAUGUGGAAGGAGAACCCCCAAGUUACCGUUCCCGCAGACCUCGUUCGACUAGUGAGGCCGUUUCUGGCAUCUGUAGAGACGACGUACGCAACACCAGAAGUAAAGACAACCACAGAACCCGGCCACUGAAUGGGAGUCAUAAUGGUGCUGAUCAUGUCCGCACCGCAGCGUGCAUUUCGCCUCCAUACCAGGAGGAUGAUAUCGAUCUUUGUCCACCCGCUGCGGGCAUCUAUAGUUUGGACUUUGACCCCAUGUCAUUUCAGUGCAGCCCACCCUCAGCGACGCCUGGGCUGCAGCACAAGAACGAUGGACAGAAAUGGAGGAAGAGCGCAGGGUGUUCCGGUGAAUUAGAGCCCAUCGCCUCUCCUAACAACAACAUCCGCAGCUAUCAAUCUCCAGAUAUCAGCCCUGCUCUUGGUAAAGGUGGAAAAAAGGUCACCUCCAAGCCGCUCUCCCCUAAACUCAGGAAGAAAUCAUUUAAGACGCAGGCAGAUGUUCAGAAUGCAUCCCCCUCUCCUCCACCUCUUCCUUCUUCCUCCCCCCCAGUGGAGAGAUGUGAAACUCGACUGGCAGAUGGAAAGGAGCCGAGAGCGCCCUACCCACACUGCAGCCCAAUCAGCACAGCGAGCCAGGGAUCAGCCCUGACCGACCUCAGUCAGUCUGCACAGAAUCUGCCCGAUCCAGGAACAGAUAGACUUAUGAGUUCAGUGUCUGUUCUCCCUCCUCACCCUCCCUUGACGAGUGCUGCGCGCAAGCUGGCGUUGGCUCUGGCUGAAUCUGCCCAGAAGGCCAGCAGUGGCUCCCAUAGAAGAAACAACGUCCCAUUGCACCCCCUGAGACAGGAGGCUCCUCACACCCAAGAUAGACCGCCCCGGCCCUCUGUUCUUGAUCUGAAAGGAUACCCCCAGGAGUACCAUCAUGUCUCCUCUGCUUCCCAGUGGCAGACAUCAGCUCACAGCCCUGUGAAGAGCCAACGCUGCCCUCAUCCUGUUCAUUUCCAACCCGCGUACCCCGGCUCGGAGCCGUCGCAGGUCAUUGACAGACAGGAAAGCGUGGGCAAUUUCACACCUAAUGUCAGCCCGCUCGGGUCAGGGAGCUUGGAUGAAGGCAGCGCAGAGAGGAGGGACCGCAGGGAGGAAAAAGAGUUUAUAGACACCUCACAAACAGAACCAACCUAUCAGAGUGUUGGGGUUUCAACACCCACCCAGCCUGUCUGCUCCGCUCAGAGCCCGUCAACUUCUCCUGUAUAUGUGAACACCGACUCUAUUAAUGUAUUUAAUUUCCGCGCUGUUCUGGCGGAGACCUCCAUGCCUGCCUCAGUCGAGGAGGUCAUUCCACGUCCAUCACAGCCCUCCUCAACCCAUCACUACAGCCCAGAGGAGGACAGACGUUGGGGCCUCGUUGAGGAUAUCUACAGCAAUCAUCAUCAUCAUCACCAUCAUCAGCCGAUUCUAACGGGGAGAAUGCCUGCACCUCACUGCCCUCGGCCUGAUGCUCUGCCACAUCACCUUUUGGGACGAAAAAGCAUGUACAAGCAGUCCUCUGAAGGCGGUUACAGCACUUUAGGGUUAAGGCACCCUUUGUCACCUCAAUACAGACGUUGCCACAGAGAUGAGCACCUUAUCAGUGGCUGCCACAGGCAGCCAGGCCAAUGGCAGAGGGCAGAAGAUAGAGUGGUCGGGCACCCGGCAAUCCGGAGGGCUCACUCCUUCCACGCCCCUCAUAUUAGUCACUACGAGCUGGCGGAGGCAGAAGUCUUGCCACCUGACACAAUGUUUUAUGUUGAGCAGACGUCGAGCCAGGAAGUGCCCUACGAUAGGCUGAUUCAGACCGGCAUCCACCCUGUCCGGCAGCAUUUUGAGAACACACGUGCUGACUAUCGUUACAGCCCCUAUUCUGACAUGAACCCAGUAGAUGUCUCCGGCUACUAUGUAGAGCCCUGCCGGCAAAGCAGUGUCCGACACAGUCAGUCGUACACAAUGCGUUCCACAAGGGAAAGUGGACAGUCAGAUUACUACAACUACUCUCCUCACAAUGUUCCCCCUGUGAACAGGGAGCUUUACAUAGAAAGCAGGGACACUGUCGUUUACGAGGCACGAGAUGCAGACGUUUUGGAAAGAGUUGUAUAUCAACCAGUCAAGCAGGAGAGUCACUCGAGACGUAAAAACACCCAUCCGGCGGUGUCUCCGUACGAGAGCCCCAUCUCGCCGACUGACACAAGAAACCGAGACAUAAUGCACACGCGAAGCAAGUCAGACCCUGGAAACGCCUGCCUCCUCUCGGCCAACAGGACAGAAAGCCCAAAUGUUGGGGUAGCUCCAUCCCCAACUUCUCAACAGGCAGGUCUUGGUCACCGGUCAAGUGCGGAGCUGAGACCAGUCAGGCGGAUUCAGAUCAAAGAGAGCUCCUCACGGCAACCACCGCUUCGCAAAGUCCCCUCACUUCCAGAAAGGGGCUGUUCUAACCUCAAGAACAUGGAGCACAAUAACAGAAGCCACACACAGGCUCAUGACCAGGAUCGAUUUAUGAUGACCAACGCUGUCAAAAGUUACUCUGGUGUUGUGAAACCCGGCAUCCUCAGAAGGCCGGGGAGGUCGCAGAGCACUAGAGAAAAUCGUCACUACUAUCAAUACCAAGCCAAAUCCUCUCUGGAUCCUGAACAUCUGGGAUCUUUUUCCACUCAGCCCAACAGAAGGACUCAGAGCACUAAAGUCAGGCCCACGCAAUAUGGCCACAAGGAGGGGUAUUACGCAGCGCCCAGGCCUAAACCUACAAGAUCCGGUAAAGCUGCGGCUGGAUAUAUGGCUGGCCAGGGCUGCGUGUCUCCCCGCGGACACAGACUGAUGUCCAAGGUACUGGGUCAGGAAGCCUUUUAUCAUGCUGCACUGAGAUCAGAAGCCGGGGUCUAUGACUGAUUCUGACCACUGGUUUUAUCCGAUUCCACAUUGGGGCCAAAGGAGAACAGCACUUUAUCCUCCGCCAGACCGGCGGACUGUUGUGUUGAUAAUUUCUUUUAACCAUCUGGAGCUGCUAAAAAGUGGGAAGUGGGGCAGCUGCUCGGGCUCAUACUGUCUCGCCGUCACUGGCAGUUUCAUAUUUUGCAACGACUUUUGAGGGAGCUCAAAGGGAACGAGUGAAUCUUGUGCAGAGAUGGUCUUAAAUGUAUUUGAAAGAAACACUUAGAGAGGCACGUUUGAGAAAAUGAUGGCUUAUAUAUAUUUUAUUUAAUGUUAAAACAACAAGAGAUGCCAAGCUAAAGUUUUUGGUUUUAUUAAUAUGAUUUCAGUAUAGGAAGGUGUGUAAAAUAACAUUCAUUUUAAAUGUUUAAUAUUUGUAUAAAUAACACCGCUAACAUGUGGCCAAUGUACUGUACAUGUUGUUUUCUAUUCUAGUCGGCUCAGACCUUAAGCACUUUUGAGGAUAACUGUGUCUCCAUGUGGUGUACAUGAAGCCUCUUGAUUGAUAUACAGUAUUUUUUCUUCUUCUGUAUGCUUGCUUUGAAUCGUCAUUAAAUAAUAAAUUAGCACUUUGGGGGGGGGGGGGAGAAAUGGAAGAUGACCUCAUAGUUUCUAACUUUUUCCUUUGUUUCUUUAUCACACAUUGUAGAAGGCAGUCUUAAAAUAACAACGAGUACUAUGAUUUCUCUUAAGGUCAAAGCUACCAUGGCAAAAUGUGCUACCCAUAGAGUUAAUGCAAAUUAGCUCAUUCAGCUCAGUGAAAAAGUGUAUUUUGUGUGGCAUUGUGGUUUUGUCACAAAAAUGAACUUUUCCUUCCUCUUUUAGGGAACUUUUAACAAUGUGGUGUUUGACAUGAAAUAUGUUUUUUGAUUCAUUAAUUUCAAAUCCAAACACCUAGAUGGGAAUAUUCUGUUAUGAUAUGUUGAAUUUGUUAUUUCAGUGAGAGUCUUUAAAAAA